UUGAUGCGUGGCAGCAAUCUACAUACAUGCUCAUUGAUAGACCACUUGCAGCAAGCUAUGCUAUAGAUGGCAAUCGCGACGAAAACAAUCAAUUGACGACUGAAUUAUACUGUGCUCAUACUGCAAGUGGCUAUUCUUAUUGGGGAAUGGAAUUCGAGCGUUUAGCAGAAGUGUCCCAUGUUAUCAUCUCUUUUAGAUAUGCCUCAAAUACUAAUAACAGAAACUCGAAUUUGCAGUUACUGAUUUCUUCUACCCGACAAGAUUCAGACAACAAUAUCGGAACUGACUGCGCAUACUACGUCGGACCCCCAGCAUCGCCGUCUUUACCUGUGAAGAUUCCAUGUGCUCAGCAUGUGAUAGGAAAGUUUCUGAAGAUCAUCCACGAUCAGGAUGACUUCCUUACCCUUUGUGAAGUAGAGGUUUACUCGGUUUAGAGAAACACUUCUGGCUAUCCACUAUAAAUUUUAAAAAAGUUAUAAAAAUUAUAAACGUUUCUAUUACAUCUGUAAAACUGUUGAAUUUCUUCUAACAGUUUUUAUUUUACGUUUGAAAAUAUGAAAAAUAUGAAAUCCAAUAUCAUUUACAGCACUAAAAUGGAAAUGACUAUAUCAGACUUUUCCGUCAGCAGAUAUUGGAAGAAAAAAAUGGGGAAAAUAUCCUACAUUUCAUAUAAGUAAGACAAAUAUUUCAUCAAUUUGCUGUAUAAUAAAAUUUUG